UAUAUACAUUAGAUCUAGUGCGUCUUUGAUCAUGGAAAUUUGGUUGCAAGCUUUUCCCUUUUGUUCUUUUUAGUUUUGCUUUCUAACUCUCUAUAUAUGUGUGCAUGUAUAAUAAGGAUGUACUACAGGUAUGGAGGUACUUUGAAAUGUACCUACGAUGCAAGUUUGUUGGUUUUGGUGCACGGAUCUUGAUUUAUUGGAACCAAAUACUGUGUUUUUCUCUCCUUGAUCAACUUUGUGUUUCCUUGUUUGGAUCCAACUUGUAUAGGAUAAGUAAAAAAACAAAUUAAUCAUUUGUGUAUUGCAAGGUUUUGUAAUUUUAAACUCAGAUCCGCCCCCACAUAUGCUCCUCUUCCACCCACACCAUAUAUAUAUAUCAUCGUCUUCAUCAUCAAGGGAAAUAUUGGAGGAGGGAUAUACAGAAGAGCAAGAUAUGGACCAAGGAGGCUAUAGAUUGGUGUUACCUGAAGAUGGAUAUGAAUGGAGAAAGUACGGCCAAAAGUUCAUCAAAAAUAUUGGUAAAAUGAGAAGUUAUUUCAAGUGCCAAAGGAGCAGUUGUUCUGCAAAAAAGAGAGCUGAGUGGUCAACCUCAGAACCCAACAAUCUUAAAGUAGUAUAUAAGGGGGUGCACAACCAUGCCUUACCAGCAUCAGAAUCUAGCUCCUCUCAGCUAGGGACUUCUUCGAAUGCCAACCAAUAUGACUUGUUGACACAAGUCUUUGGAGAUCGAUCAACUGCUCAUUAAUUAUCAUGACAAUUGAAGUACUAGUUCUGCUUAUUACUAUGCUUUCUAAGAGACCUUUUUCUCUUCCCUUGGAGAAAGCCUUGCCAGUUAAGAACAAUGAAGGUUAAAUUUAUGUUAUUUUAAUUCACUGGAACAUGGGUUUUCUUCAAUCUGUUUGUAAAUAUUUUUGAUAUAUAUCCUAAAAAAAGUAUCCUCCUUUUUCCA